CGCCCCCUCGGCGCCUUUCGCCCCGGGUGCCUGAGAGGAGAAAGAUGCAUCGACUCCGCUCGCGGGCCUCCACGGGGAUUUCUGCCUUCGCCGCCCGUCCGUCCUCCGCCUGCCGCCGCCAAUCCCCUCCGCUGCCCCGGCCCGGGAAGGCCGCCUCGCAGAGACGUUGGAGUAAAAAGCCCGCCUGCUCCUCCAUCGGCUGAUCCUCGGCCCUGCCCGGGCAGGGGGGGAGCGCGGACACCGGCACCCGGCCGGAGGGAAGGGCAGCGCGCGGGGAGCGAGCCGGGCCGAGCGCCGCUGCGGCCAUGCCCAAGGCCAAGAAGCGGGGAGGCGCCCACCAGCGCGGCGCCGGUGGUCAGCCCAGAAAUGUGCAGCCUUUUAGUGAUGAAGAUGCUUCAAUUGAAACUAUGAGCCACUGCAGUGGCUUCAGUGAUCCUGCUAGCUUCACUGAGGAUGGGCCUGAAGUUGAUGAAGAAGCCACUCAAGAAGACUUAGAAUACAAAUUGAAGGGAUUUAUUGAUCUUACGUUGGACAAGAGUGCCAAAACAAGACAAGCAGCACUUGAAAGUCUGAAAAGUGCAUUUUCUUCUAAAAUAUUAUAUGAAUUUAUCAUGGAAAGGAGAAUGACACUAACUGAUAGCAUUGAACGCUGCAUAAAGAAAGGUAAGAGUGAGGAGCAGUGUGCAGCUGCCGGACUGGCAUGUCUCCUGUGCGUGCAGAUGGGGUCAGGAAUUGAAAGUGAAGAGAUUUUUAAGACCCUUGGUCCAGUUCUGAAGAAGAUCGUCUGUGACGGAACAGCCAGUGUCCAAGCCCGACAGGCCUGUGCAACCUGCUUAGGGAUUUGCUGUUUCAUCGUCACUGAUGACAUUACGGAGCUGUACUCUACUAUGGAGUGCCUGGAAAACAUCUUCAUAAAAGCUUAUCCGCGAGAUAGAGACACUAAUGGUGUAUCAAGUACUCCCAAUACUGUUCUUCACAUCAGUGCACUCUUAGCAUGGACACUGUUGUUGACAAUUUGUCCAAUGAAUGAAGUGAAGAAGAAAAUUGAAAUGCACUUGCAUAAACUUCCAAGUAUGCUAUCUUGUGAUGAUGUCAACAUGAGAAUAGCAGCUGGAGAAACACUAGCUCUUCUGUUUGAACUGGCACGUGAAACAGAUGCUGAUUUCUUUUAUGAGGACAUGGAACUUCUAACAGAGAAACUAAGAGCUCUAGCUACUGACGGAAAUAAGCACCGAGCCAAAGUAGAUAAAAGAAAGCAGCGAUCUGUCUUCAGAGAUGUUCUGCGAGCUGUGGAGGAGCGUGACUUUCCUACAGAGACAGUUAAAUUUGGACCUGAGCGCAUGUAUAUUGACUGCUGGGUUAAAAAACAAACUUACGAUACCUUCAAGGAGAUUCUGGGGUCAGGGAUGCAAUAUCAUCUGCAGUCAAAUGAUUUUCUUCGGAAUGUGUUUGAGCUUGGUCCACCAGUAAUGCUCGAUGCCGCAGCUCUUAAAACAAUGAAGAUCUCCCGUUUUGAAAGGCACUUAUACAACUCUGCUGCAUUCAAGGCUCGGACAAAAGCUAGAAGUAAAUGUCGUGAUAAAAGAGCAGAUGUGGGGGAGUUUUUCUAGAUCUCUGUGGGGUUCAAUUUUAACUAUUUCAUAAUUGAUUUGUAACCUUUAAUUGACUUUUUUUAUUUCUGUACUCAGCUUGCACUUGUGCGCAGGGAUAUUGUAUAAAAUCUGUAAAUAGAAUGCAUGUUGUUGCUUAGUUGCAUAUACACUGUACAUAGAUUGAUGUAAGAUUGGGUGCUGGGGGAACAUUGUAACACGUGCAUUAGCUGCAACUUGCUCCAACCCUGGAUAUAUUGUAACUCAACUGUUCAAGGCUGUGCAUAAACGUAGUCAACUGCCAUGUGUCGGAUUGGAUUCCUUACUUCACAGUAAGGUAAAUUAAAUGAAUUCAUUGACCAAAUGUUUUGGUAAAAAUGUGCUAAUAUGGAAGGAUGAACCGGUUCAUGUGAAGUUAUUUUAGUACCUUUUAAAAUGCCCUGAGUCAUUGAUGGACAAAAAUUUCUGUAUAGUAUGAAUUGAUGUGGAAGAGGACUGAAGCUACAUUACCUUCACUUACAACAAAGUAGUAAAUGACAUACUUGCCUCAAUGUAAAAUAAAGAUUCAUAUGUUUUCAAAUUGGAUGUUUAAUUUUUGGAAUAAAGAUCUUUCUCACUG